AUGGAAGACCCUGCCAGACAAAUCGAACAUGUCGUCCGUUCCCUCGUUGAGCUUCCGACAGCCACUGAGAUUGUAGCCCAUAUCGACAAGUACUUCACCAAGGACGCGCGCAUUCUCCAUCCGCUUUUCAAUCAACCUCUUUCCAAGAAUGGCCGCGAGGAUCUCAAGGGGAUCUACAAGAUGGAACGCGUCCUCUUUGUCUAUGAGGCUAUGGAUAUUCAUUCUAUCAUGACUUCUCAGGAUAAGAAGCACAUUGCCAUCGACUCAACCGUCCAUAUUACGCUUCGCUAUGCUCCCUUCCUUAAGUUUGAUGCGCGCUUUGUUACCAUUUGCCGUCUCGUUCAGGCGAAGAAUGGAAGGUGGCUCAUCUCCGAGCAAACGGAUAUCCUCCCCUCUGAUCUGAGUAUGGCACGCUUCCCCGUCCCCAUCCUCCGAUCCCUUUCGGACUUCUACAAGCAUACCGUAGGAUAUCUAACCGCCUCGCUUGGGCGGUUUCUCCUGAAGCAGGGAUGGGGUGGAGCCUAA